AAACAAGUGAAAUUAAAAAAAAAAGGAACAAAAAUUGUAUGAUUAGCGCCAAACCGAAUUGAAGUUAUUGUUUUAUUAGUCCAACUUAUUGAUUAUGAUUGUCGGUGCAGUACAAGAAUUCGUCAACGAGCCUAAAUUUAGACGCAGCACAACAAUGAAGUACCUCGACAAGGUCAUCGAGAUAGCCAAAGAGGCUGCCUUCGGUCAAACACACAGGAGUGGAAGGACUCCAACCAAUUUGAAAUCGGAAAUAGUCCAUUUCAAAAAUGACGAGCCAUCGAUGUUUUUCGAAUUGAAAAAAGGUUUCUUCGUUAAUUUCUUAACAAAAGUGCUAUCAUCAAGACUUAUUGAGAAUUAUUUCGAUGAAAUGGGUAUACCAGGAAGGUCUGAUUAUGGCGGUCAUCACAGUCUCAGGAACAAAGUGAAGAAAUAUCCAUCAUCGCAGUAUAAAUACGUUUAUCAAACGUAA